UCCGAACGCCGGUAUUCAAGCUGUACCUCUUUUUCGUCACCCUGAACUCGAGUGUCACGUUGUUCUGAACCAAAAUCAGCCGUCCUUUCCUCAUUCCUCAGAAAAUUUCGGCUAUUUUCUAGGCCCCUGAAGUCGUGAAUCAGAAGUCUGACAAUCCUCAACAUGCCCGAACCCCGCGAGAUGACCAGCUCCAAUUGGGACGAGGAGAAUGAGCCCGCCGACGCUUCCCUGCCCAUGCCCUCGGAGAAGAUGGUGGGCAAAGACACCAAGAUCGUCACGACUUACUCGCUCAACGACGAAGACAAGCGCGUCAAGCAUGUGCGGACCUACAAAAUCGAGCGGAAACUCGUGUCCAAGGCCGUGGCUCAACGCAAGUCUUUGGCCAAGUUCGGCGAGUCCGCCGAUGAUCGACCCGGACCCGAUCCCGCCACCACUAUUGUGGCCGAGGAGAUAUCCAUGCAGUUCGUGGCCAACAAGGAAGAGUCUGAGAAGGACAACGAGGACAAAUCCGCCUUGGACGUACUCAAGGAGAAAUCCAAGGGCGUGGUCAAGUGUCGAAUUUGUAAAGAAGACCAUUGGACCACCAAUUGUCCUUACAAGGAGACGUUGGGACCCUUGCGGGAUUCGUUGGCCGGCAAGGACGUGGACAAGGAGGACGAUGCGGGUGGGUCCGGUCUGCCGGGCGGUCCGGGGGCCACCGCCUCAGCCUCCAAUGUCACCAGUGGAGGCAAAUACAUCCCACCUUCCCGUCGAGGAGGUGAAGGCGGGGCUCGAGAUCGCAUUGGCGAAUCUAUGCCUGACCGAAGGAAAAACGAAGAUACCUAUGCUAUUCGCGUGUCGAAUGUCUCCGCCAACGCCCUGGAAACGGAUCUGCAGGAGCUGUUCAAGCCUUUUGGCAACAUUGCUCGUAUCUUCUUGGCCAAGGAUAGGAAUACGGGCGAGUGCAAAGGAUUCGCCUUUAUCAACUACUACAAGAAGGAAGAUGCGGCUCGAGCCAUCUCCACGGUCAACCGCUUGGGUUACGACAAUCUCAUUUUGAACGUGGAAUGGGCCAAACCUUCGGGCACGUAAACCUCGAGGACGGCUUGUUUGUCUGAAGUUGAAUUGAAAAAUACACUGGUUUAUGAUUGUCUUGUA